AUGAACCACCCAACCCUGAACACCCAGUUCUCGAGCCUUUCGAACAAGCGCCGCUUCGCUGAUACCAGCGUUACCGAUGCCAGAGUCACCCAAGCCAGAAUCACUCAAAUUCGAGCCUCGUCGCUGAGUUCAGCAUGGCACAUUCAAGAGUCACCGAUGCCUGAACCACGCAGGCCCAAGCCAGAUCAUCCAGCCCCACCCAAUCCCAAGUCACCCAAGCCAGAAUCUUCCAAACCACGGUGGAUCGAGGGCCUAGGUGGCGGUAUUCGCCUCUGGCAUGUGGAGUCCGGACAACUGAUCCCCUCUGGGUUUGUCUUCAAGAUCAAGACGACUAACCCAGAGAAUAUGCCACUGCCCUCAUUCGAGUUGUUGCGAUGUAAGGGGCUUGCGAGGAGGAAGAAGAUAGCGACGUUUACUUUGAUGAAGACUCUGUUACUGUUAUCGCAGACGUAUCGGAUUGCUGAGUAA